UAAACUACAGGAACAAAAACAGUGCCUGCUAGUCUGCAGCUACAAAAGCUUUAGCAGCCAUUCUACUGCGAAUCGGCGUUGCUUGGAAUUAUAAGAAAGAUGGCGGAAAACAGAGAAAAGGCUACGGACCAGAUGAAACUAUGGAAAGAAAGUAGAGGAGUUCAGCGACCCGACGUGUUGACCACGGGAGCAGGUGUUCCUGUAGGCGAUAAGCUGAACGUUCAGACGGCCGGACCCCGAGGACCACUGCUGGUGCAGGAUGUCGUUUUCACUGAUGAGAUGGCCCAUUUUGACCGGGAGCGCAUCCCUGAAAGGGUAGUGCAUGCCAAAGGAGCAGGUGCAUUUGGCUAUUUUGAGGUGACUCAUGACAUUACGCGCUACUGUAAGGCCAAGGUGUUUGAGCAUGUGGGCAAGACAACUCCGAUUGCUGUGAGAUUCUCUACUGUGGCUGGUGAGUCUGGUUCAGCUGAUACAGUCCGGGACCCUCGAGGUUUUGCAUUAAAAUUCUACACCGAAGAAGGCAACUGGGACCUGACGGGCAAUAACACACCCAUCUUCUUCAUCAGGGAUGCACUUCUGUUCCCAUCCUUUAUCCACACUCAGAAGCGGAAUCCUCAGACUCACCUAAAGGACCCCGACAUGGUGUGGGACUUCUGGAGUCUGCGUCCAGAGUCUCUGCAUCAGGUGUCGUUCCUCUUCAGCGAUCGCGGAUUGCCUGAUGGAUUCCGCCAUAUGAAUGGCUACGGAUCCCACACCUUCAAACUGCUCAACUCGGACGGCAACCCUGUCUACUGCAAGUUCCACUACAAGACUGAUCAAGGCAUCAAGAAUCUGCCUGUAGAGGAGGCAGACCGUUUGGCCUCCAGUGAUCCUGACUACGCCCUCCGUGACCUGUACAACGCCAUUGCCACUGGCAACUUCCCCUCCUGGACCUUCUACAUUCAGGUCAUGAGCUUUGAGCAGGCGGAGAAGUACCCCUGGAACCCAUUUGAUCUGACCAAGGUUUGGUCCCAUAAAGACUACCCUCUGAUUCCAGUUGGACGCUUUGUGUUAAAUAAAAACCCUGUAAACUAUUUCGCUGAGGUGGAACAACUGGCAUUUGAUCCCAGUAACAUGCCACCAGGCAUCGAGCCAAGUCCUGACAAGAUGCUGCAGGGCCGUCUUUUCUCUUACCCUGACACUCACCGUCAUCGGCUUGGAGCCAACUACCUCCAGCUGCCUGUUAAUUGCCCUUAUCGUGCCCGCGUGGCCAACUAUCAGAGAGAUGGACCCAUGUGUAUGAAUGACAACCAGGGCGGAGCGCCCAACUACUUCCCCAACAGCUUCAGUGCUCCAGAUUGUCAGACACGCUUUAUGGAGUCCAAGUUUAGAGUCUCUCCUGAUGUUGCACGCUACAACAGCUCGGAUGAGGAUAAUGUGACACAGGUUCGCACGUUUUUCACCAAGGUGCUGAAUGAUGCCGAGCGCGAGCGUCUGUGCCAGAACUUGGCUGGACAUCUAAAAGGAGCUCAGCUCUUUAUUCAGAAGCGCACGGUUCACCGUCUGAUGGAAGUGCACCAGGAUUAUGGCUCUCGUGUUCAGGCGCUGCUCGAUAAGUAUAAUGCAGAAGGCAAAAAGAACUCUGUGCACGUGUAUACCCAGGGAGGUUCAUCUGCUGUGAAUUCCAAGAUGUGAUGUGAUUCACUCUCACUACAUUUAAAACAGCAGUACACCCAUAAGAGCACUUCUUCAUUUUCAUAUCAUUUUAGGUUUAAGACUUUAAUGUGGAAGUGAAUAAGAUAAUUUUAGUACCUAUUUGGCCUCAACAGACAUUUGAACGUUAUUAAUGCUGAGGAAAGACUAGGGAAAAUGCCUUACAGACCACUAAUCAUUUCUUUACUGUGCAGGACAGCUUUGUGUAAGCGAUGAUAAGUAUUUUGUAUUCUCAGUACAAGUAACCAUAGAGUAAGUCGCAUUUUAAUCAUACUCCAAGUUACUUUUUCCGUAAAAAUGUGAUUAAACAGAUCCUUUUAUUUUCCACUUUUUUUGUUUCUGCACUUUGUAAUACAAUAAAAAUGUUGUAAUGUGAUUCCCAAACCCCUAACAUGCUCUCGCAGGUUAUAAUCAUUAAAACACUUUUAAAUGAACAAUAAAUGUGUGUGUAACUGUCCACUGAUAA